AUGCGGCAGUGUGGCGAUGGCGAGCCGUGCGAUGACGGAUCGUCGUCACAUGGAGCGGGCAUAGGCAUACCCGUGGGGAUCUUUAUAGUCAUUGUGGCCCUUGCCGUCUAUUCGCUCUGGCGACUGCAGCGGCAUCGACAGACCCUCCGCUUUACGAGGAACGCCCAUCGGCACUCUGCGCUGCGCCCAACGAGCGGCGCAGCGACGCAUCCACCGCCUUUUCCCCGCCACCAAAGGCAGGAUUGGCCGAGUCCCUAUGAUACAUACCCGCCGCGCGCUUCGCACGCGCCGCCUGAGGUGGAUGAGGAGCCCCUGCCCAGGUACGAGCCGCCAGCGACGCCGCCCCCGCAAUUUCAUGAACAUGACGACACACUCACACCCCCGCCCAAAGCAUACCAGGGAGCAUCGCAGUAA